GUCCAAGGUCAAAGUUGGGCCAUUUAUCACUUGGUUAUGGAAGCAUAGCAAUAGCAUUGGUACAAAAUAUGGAUUUUUCUUUGUUUGAGUGGGUCAUUUCUGUUAUGGCGUCAAAAUUCCUUCCUUCAAGACUUUCUUUGCCGCUCAACUCUCCACGUUUCCACAUUCUUCCUUCAACUUCUGCCUCCGUCCUACUCCCAAACAAAACAAUGAUCCCAAUGGCCUCUUCUUCUUCUUCUUCUUCUUCUUCUUCUUCGGCGUCAUCAUCUGUAAAAGACCCCACUAAAGAAGAAGAGCUGCAAGAAAAGAUAGCUCAAGCCCUUACAUACCAUCAUCAAACGAAGCACGGUUUCACCAACUAUGCCAGAGGACCGCGUGGCCUUGAUUGGGCCAAUCAACCGAACCCUUUUCGCCGCUACAUCUGUGCUCCUCUGCUUCCUCUUCUUCACUUCCCCACUGACAACAAACCGACGGUUGCAGUCACAGAUGACGCUCCUAUGUAUUCUUCUCUGUUCCAUUCUCUUCCUCCCCCUAAACCCAUUACCCAAUCCACGAUCUCUCAAUUCUUUUACGAUUCUUUGGCUCUAUCAGCUUGGAAAACCACCGGGUUCUCCACCUGGUCCCUUCGGGUUAACCCCAGCAGCGGCAAUUUGCACCCCACUGAGGCUUACCUUAUUGCUCCGCCUAUUGACUCUAUCUCCGAUUCUCCUUUUGUUGCCCAUUAUGCUCCCAAAGAACACUCUCUUGAGCUUCGAGCCCCAAUCCCUUCUGGGGUUUUCCCCAACUUCUUCCCUGAUAAUUCAUUUCUCAUUGGGAUUUCUUCUAUUUUCUGGCGAGAAGCAUGGAAAUACGGAGAACGCGCCUUUCGGUACUGCAACCACGAUGUGGGUCAUGCGAUUGGAGCUAUUGCAAUGGCUGCCGCAACGCUAGGCUGGGACGUCAAGCUUCUAGAUGGGUUUGGAUAUAAGGAUUUGGAGAAGCUAAUGGGGCUUCAGAUUUUCCCGGACUUUAAAAUCCCAUCAAGACCGAUCAAAGGCAAGUUUCCUGAUAUUGAAUUUGAGCACCCAGAUUGUUUGAUUCUUGUUUUUCCUAAUGGGAGUAAUCAAUUCGAUGUGAAUUAUAAGGAAUUGAGUUCUGCAAUAAAUGGGUUUUCGAAUUUGGAGUGGAAAGGGAGGCCAAAUUCGCUUAGCAAGGAACACGUUUGUUGGGAUAUAAUUUAUAGAACAGCCGAGGCCGUUAAGAAGCCACUAACGAUUCAAAAGGGAGAAUUUCCUGUUGAUCCAUAUAAAAGCAGUGGAAUUUGUAGUGAAAACUCUUACAAAGGUUUAACAAUUAGGGAAGUUGUUAGGAAAAGGAGGAGUGCAGUUGAUAUGGAUGGAGUCACUGUAAUGGAAAGAAAAACAUUUUAUCAGAUUUUGUUGCAUUGCCUUCCAUCAGGGAAGGGGGAGAAGCAUAGAAGGCAAUUAGCCUUGCCGUUUCGGGCUCUCUCUUGGGAUGCUGAGAUUCAUGCUGCUCUGUUUGUUCAUAGAGUGAUAGGUUUGACCAAGGGAUUGUACUUUUUGGUGAGAAAUGAGGAUCACUUAGAGGAGCUUAAGAAGGCUACCAAGUUGGAGUUUAAGUGGAAUAAACCAGAGGGAUGCCCCAAUGAUCUACCUUUAUAUGAACUUGCGACUGGUGACUGUCGAGAGCUUGCCAAAUGCCUUUCUUGCCAUCAGGACAUUGCUAGUGAUGGCUGCUUCAGCCUUGGAAUGGUGGCUCACUUUGAACCUACCUUAAGUGGGAAGGGUGCUUGGAUGUAUCCUAGACUGUUUUGGGAAACUGGAGUUCUUGGCCAGGUGCUGUACCUUGAAGCACAUGCUGUUGGCAUAUCUGCAACUGGAAUUGGUUGCUUCUUUGAUGAUGCUGUGCAUGAACUUCUUGGGCUUAAAGGAUCAAAAUUUCAGAGUCUAUAUCAUUUCACUGUUGGAGGCCCUGUGUUGGACAAGCGGAUUAUGAGCCUGCCAGCAUAUCCCGGACCUAGCAUCGAUGCAUGAUCAUGUUUAGUUCAAGAUACAGGAAGCUGUUGAUCAUGGAUUAUCAUCAUUCGUGCAUUCACCAUGAAAGGCCUAUUAAACCGUUUAAAUUUCUUACAAUCUCAUGUUUGUUUCUAAAUUGGUAGGUUAUAUACAAGGCUUUUCAGAAUUGUACUGCAAUAUACUGAUUUUUUUUUCCUUCAUUGUAAAUUAAAGUUGAUUCAUUUAGGUGAUAACUUUGUAUAGGGCAAA